UAUUAUUAUUGAUUUGUGCAAUGGGUGACGUGUCGCUUUAGUCUUCCAUUAUUUAACAUUGAAAAGGACGAGGCGUGGCUGAAAUAGAACACCAUAGCCUACCGGAGGGAGUCAAAUCGUGUGGCGCUACCAGUUCAAACCGAGAUAAUCGACUGCUGGUUAACCGUGAUCGACUCAAGACCAGUGGCUACAUAAAUAGGCCUACGCAGGAUACUUAGGAUUCCACGUUGAAGCAAGAUGGAGGAUGCUAGAUGUCAUUUUGAUUUGGAUCUAAAUGUCAAGACAGCUAGGGACAGACAAGAGGUCGAGACAAGGAUAACUAUUUUGAAAGGUUAUAUCAACGGAGGCAUUGAACCACUUAAAUUAGCCAAUAAACAUCUACUUGGUUUGCUGUAUUAUUACAUUAAUAAGCUUGACGAAUCAUAUGAUACUUUUAAAUCUAUUGUAGAUGAAGAUCCAACAAAUUUGAACGCCUUGGCUAAUCUAGCGCAUGUCUGUCGUGGGAUUUUAAGCACAAAAGAAGCUGCCGAGUAUGAGAGUUGUCGAAACCAGGUUUAUGACAAUGCGGAUGAGUUAAUUUUAGCGCGCUUUAAAGCAGAACAUGCGUAUGCGCUUGCUUUUGAAAUCUACCAUAGUACGCAUGAAUCACGAAGGUAUCACAGAUCCAAUGAAAUGUAUGAUGAAUGUCUGAGCAAGAUUUCUGAAAAGGCAGAUGCACAAAUUGAGAGAGCUGCAUGGAUGAUUUGUAAAAUUUGGAACUUUAAAAAACUAUUCAAUAGGAACUACUUAAAAGAGCAAGAAAAAUUCAAAAAUAAGGCAAUGUAUGAUGACAUCAUGCAUUUAUUGCUCCAGAUUCAGAACAAUGUUCCGGAAGAUUCGACACUGGCCGCUUUAGCAUGGGCAAAUUUUGGUUAUUUUUUCUGGAAGAAGCCUUGCAUGCCAUCUCAUAAAAAGGGUUGCGAUGAUAUGACUGGUAUUCAAAUGCCAAGUGAGAUUAAAGGCACGGAAAUGGAAAAAUUCUAUGAUGACCCAAAGAGCUGCUUUGAAAGGGCGUUGCAGAUUAAAGAACACAAGGAAGUGCUGGAAUUGUAUGGAAGUUGGCUUCUGCACAAGACCGACUUCGAUACAUCUGUGAAAAUAUUUUCGCGGUCCAUCAAACUAGAUUCUUCAGACAGUAGCUAUUUUUCUUACUGUAAACGUGCAGAAUGCCGGUUAACAAAAUGUCAAAAAGCGAAUACAGCUCUUAAUGAACUCAUGAAAGCCGCUGAAAGAUCGGUUGAUAUAACCCAUGAUUUGGAACUUGCUGUAGAAGAUUUUGAGCUUGUUGUUCGAGUAAACCCUACUGCUUACACUUAUCGACAACUAGGACGCUGUUUUCUUUUGCUCUCCAAACGUGGCAAAGAUAAAAGAAUACGGGCAAAGGCCCUUGCAGCAUACCAGAAAGGCCUAGCAUGUUUGGAUGGUAAAAAAGAUCCAUGUCUUCAUUUUAAACAUGCUGAAUGUUUAAAGGCACUAGGAGAGGAUACGCAGGCCAGGGUGAGCAUGCAGAGAUCUGUAGAAAACCAAAAUCCACAAUCUACCUUUGUUCUGGAUAUAGAAUUCUUAAUGACAUGGUACAUGGAGUUGUGCAACGAUGGAAGCACAGAGAUUAUUCCAGAAGCAGCUUUUUGGUUUAAAAUGGCUUUCUCCAAAUACAGCAGGAAAGAAUUUAAAACAAUGACCGUGGCAUUGAUAAAUACAGAUAUCGACUUCUUUAUAAAACUUUUUGGGUGUUUAUGGAAAGAUGCUAGCCCACAGUUGGAAGAAUUUAUCAUGGAUGUCUUGAAAGACAUCGAAGAUUCCCUUUCUAAUUCUCGCCUUCACCAGUUUUUAUCGUCUUCUCGGUCUACAGGAAGUGAAACGUCUACUAAGGAAAUUAGAGAUUCCGGUGCCAUGCGACCGCGGAAUAAGAAGGGUUUCGAGUAUGAUUUUUUUAUUGUACAUAGUAACCGAGACGGGAACUGGGUUAAAUUUAGUUUGUUGCAUCACAUGGAGAUCAUUCGAAAUUUUAAGGGGUUAAUUGAUAUGAGGGAUUUUAAACCUGGAAAGACUAUUUUGGAAAAUAUCGAAGAGGCUAUACGUGAUAGUUACAAGGUUAUUUUGUAUAUUACUGAUAACUUUACGCAGAGCGACUGGUGCAAUCACGAAGCCCAAACGGCUCUAACGCGUGCGCUAACUAAUCGCCAGAAAGGUAGUAUUAUACCAAUUCGAGAAGGUACGACAAAAGUUCCCGACUUCUUGUCGAAUGUAACCAAUCUCAAUAUAGAAGAAGGUGUCAUAGGUGAAACUGAUUUGGAGAGACUAGUUCAAGCUCUUGACGAAUGAGUACUAUUCCUAAUAGUACAGGUGUGCGAGGGGGGAGGGACUUUUAAUUUUAUGCACCGUUACUUUGGAACAAAUUACCUUAUUUUAUUCGGAAAUCUCCAUCAAUUAUUACAUUCAAAUCGCAUUUCAAAACUCAUUUAAAAUAUUCAUUUUGUCUUAAAUAUUGGUUAUCAGAAGCGCAACUUUUUACGGUAAGAUAACAACAUUAAUGUUGAUUUAAAUUGACCAAUAAGUCGUGUUUGCAAUGUCGAUAUAGAGUUAAAGACUUCGUUCCUUUAAUGCGUAUCUCUUAACCGAGAAUUACAAUCACCCAUUUCGUUACAGUAUAUUACUGUAUUUGUUAUGACAAUCACCCAUUACGUCACAGUAUAUUACUGUAUUUGUUAUGAAUUGUAGCACAAAAUUAAAAUGUUCUUGGUUGUGAUUAGUUGGAAUUCCUUCACCAUUGGACAAUAACAUCUGUCUAAAUUCGGGGAAUUUCAAUGCGAAAUGAUAUCAUUCAAUCGUAGCAUUGAAAUCGCCGAAUUUGGGAGUUACUUUAAAUAUUGCCCUAAUAUAUAUAACAAUAAUCGUUGGAUUUUAACCAUUGAAAAGACGGACCACAUAGCUUUUUGAAUUUCGUCAAAUCUUCACAAAUAUUAAUUGCCAAACUAUAAAAAAAUUAAAUUUUAAGUAUCUUUUUUUUGUUAUUUAUGAAUAUUUCAUAGCAGUUCAUCUUUAAAUAUUUAUUUAUGAAUAUUUUUUAUGGCAGUUCAUUUUUUUUCUCCAAUUAGCUUAAAACAAGACUCAUUUGAUCAUAGGUGCAAAAUAUCAAAAAGAACUAUAUUAUUAAUACAAUGUUCUCUGCCUAGAAAGUGACGCUAUUUUGACAAAAACUCAGUUUUGACAAGUCUUUUCUUUCCUUCUUUAUUUAGAUAUAGGGAGAAAGUAUGGUCGAAUGGUUAGCGCGUGCGCGCUGUAUCGUUAAGCCUGUCAUUGAGUCAACUGGCAUGGUUUCGAUUCCCCGGUUGUACGUGACAAAGUGUAGUGUCGCCUGUCCAACCUCGUGUGUUUUUUCCAGGUCGUCCGGUUUCCUCCCACUGCUAAAGACCCCUACGCGCAAGCGAAUUAUUGAAAUAUAAUUGACCUGGUUUGUGUCGAGUGGAUGUUAAACCCCAUCUCUCUCUCUCUCUCUCUCUCUCUCUCUUUCUCUCAUUUUGUUUAUCGGAAGUUUCAGAUUAGGUUAUGGGUUUAAAAUGAGAUAUUUAGAUGAAACAGAACAACAUAUUGCACACUGUAUAUGUUAUUAUUAAAAUCAGAAGUUUG